CUGUAGCUGAACCGGGCUGUAGCUGUGGAGCUAUUAGCUCAUUCGUAACAUCUACUUAGUUCACAGAAAAGUCAAGAAUUGAUAAUAAUUAUUUAAUAUGCGCAGACGAUUAGAAGUCCAUGCAUCGGGUGAUGAAAGUGUCAGUGCUAACAGAAAGGAUGAAGAUCGAGAACUGCACAGCCAAGGAGAAGUAAAAGGCAGAAAGUCUUAUGGCUCUGCGCUCCUGAACAUUGGAAAGUGUUUACUUUUAAUCAUCAUCAUCCCUCCAUUCCUCAACUACGCGUCGCUGCAGAAAGAAGGCCAGAUGCUGAUGCCUAAAGAUGGGCAAAUUGUCGACAUUGGUUUGGGUCAAAAGAUGCACCUUUUGUGUAAAGGACAAGGAAAACCAGUUGUCAUAUUGGAUGCACCAACUGGAAUGUCUUCAGACAUUUGGUUUCAUGUCCAACAGAGUGUUUCCACACUAACAAAGGUCUGUACAUAUGACAGAAUGGGAUUGGGCUUCAGUAAGCGGAUCAUGCAGAAUGAAACAACAGGAACUGAGAAAGUUUGGGGGAUGUCAACAAGUGGACGAAUGGUGGAUGAUCUGCAACGACUGGUCCAAGCUGCAGGUGUAGCUGCACCCUUCAUCCUGGUGGGCUCAGAGCUCGGCGCGCUCAAUACGAGGUUCUACAGCCACAUUCAUGAUGCGCAAGUGUCAGACCUGGUGCUGAUCGAUCCCAUCCCAGAAGAUGUGUUUGAGGAGGGCCAGUGGAUGGAAUACUGGUACAGUCAGGUGUUACCGUCACUUCAAGCCCAACAGUUUUCAGCAGCGACAGGGCUCAGCCGCAUGCUGAUCAUCCUCGGUGCGAUUGAGCCGACGAUUAAAGGAGAAAAUGUCUCAGAGGAAGUCAUCCAGCAGCAGAAAUACCUCUAUGUAACCCGCCCCCAGAGUAGUGCUGUGGAUGAGCACUACUUCCUGAACGAAAGUGCAGCUUCAGUACGGGACAUCACGAAGUUUAAGCCUCUGUCCAGCAGGAUGUCAGUGAGCGUGAUCACUGGAGAGUCCUCGACCACCAAAUACCAGAACCCUUAAACGCAAUGGUGGCAAAGCUUCAAAAGAAGUUCCUGGAGGAGUCUUACCCGACAGCCAAUCACAUUCACAUAAAAGGAGCAGACCGGCGAAUGAUCUACAUGAAGCCAGCUGCCAUCAGCAUGCACGUGAGGAUGUUAGUGAGCCAGCGACAAAGCAAACAGCAGCGUGAGUGACCUGGACAAACCAGCUGUUGAAUCUUUUAGACCUUCUGCAAAAGUUGUCUGGAUUUUUGUUUUAAUUUUGUUUUGAAGGUGUUUGUUAUUGAAAUAUUUUAAAUUAAAAUAACUGGAAGAUUUCAA